AUGCAGGGGUCGCCACCUGAGCUACCAGCGCUCCAAGCGCGCGGUCAACCCCAACACCAGGUACCUAUCCACUGUCUAGAUGGACGUCAAGGGAUAUGGGAGGCUGACACCUCGUAUAGUCUGAUCAAGAUCGACGGUGUUGACAGCACUGAGGCCGCAAACUUCUACCUCGGCAAGAAGGUUGCUUUCGUUUACCGGGCGAAGCGUGAGGUUCGGGGUUCCAACAUCCGGGUCAUUUGGGGCAAGGUUACCCGGCCACACGGCAACUCCGGCGUUGUCCGUGCUCAGUUCCGCCACAACCUCCCCCCCAAGUCCUUCGGUGCUACCGUCCGCGUCAUGCUCUACCCCUCCAACAUCUAA